UGCCUGUGUUUAGUUUCACUUCCGCGCUCGGUUAUUUCCUCGUCCGCUAACGACCAGUGUGUGACAGUCUGCAUGGCGGUGAAUGGGGGUUGCUAACAGAACAAAUAUUCAUUUAUAACCACUUAAUUCAUUCCAAAUAUAUCGCCACCUAAAUAACUACUUGCAUGACCAAAGAGGAGACCGAUCGAUGACGUUUCACGGCUGCUGAAGACCACGUCAAGGAAGCUAGCUUUGAGCAGACUUGGCAUAGUUUUUAAUUGGUGACCAUUGGUAAUAACUUAAACACAGUUUGGCUUUCAAUCUACGAGAAUCCAUGAAGGUGUCAUGUGGACCCAACAGUGUGCCUGUCCUCAUUUGGACAUUGGCAGCUUCCCUGGUCCUUUGCAGUGGGCUGGCCGCUACUGAAAACAAUAAGAAAUGUCUACUGCUGUUUGAGUCUUUGUCAGAGCGAAAAGUCCUUAGCAGGCUGGAGCCACUGACCGGAAAAAACUUCACGACAGUCGACAAGAACUACACGUAUGUGUUCCAGCUCUGUGGUGACGCGGAUGGCGUCAAAGGGGCUGGGGUCAUUCAGAAAGAAACCGGAGUAAAGAAACCGACAAUCGUCGGGAGGUACAACUCGACUAAGGCUUAUGGAGGAAGUGACUGGGUAAUGCUUGUCUACGAAAAUGGGGAGGGGUACGACAGCCAUUGCUCAAACGUUGGGAGACGAGCUAUUGUGAUGAUCUCCUGUGACAGGAAGGCGGACAAAGCCCAGCUGACCAUGAUCGAAGAAGACUUGGUGCGGAAGGAGUGUUACUACCUGUUUGAGCUGGAUUCCAGCAAGCUGUGCCCGGUGGUACUAUCCCAUAUCAGCACCGGUACCAUUAUAAUAAUCAUUGGGAUCAGUCUGCUGGCAGCGUACCUCAUCGGAGGGUUCCUGUACCAGCGCCUGGUGGUCGGAGCCAAGGGCAUGGAGCAGUUCCCCAACAUUGCCUUCUGGCAGGAGUUUGGAAACCUCACAGCGGACGGAUGUGACUUUGUGUGCCGAUCACGGCCGCGAGAGGAGGUGCCCACCUACCGGGGUGGGGCCACAGAGCCCCUGGACGAGGAGGAGCAGGAGGAGAGAGACGACCACCUGCUGCCGAUGUGAUCCUAGUCAGAAGCAGAGACACGUUUCCCCCCCGCAUUCUUGUUUUGUUUACCAUUUCAGAGGUUAGAUGAAACUGCUGCCCCUCCGUCAGCUUGUAGGUCUGGGGUUUUUCACUUCUAAAGCUUCCCAUCUGUGCCUGAAUGCAACAUUUAUCUGAUCUAUAAGUUGUUGGACUGGAAGGCAGAAAGAGCUGUUACUUCAUUGGUAAUAAUCCAUGCACUUCAUACUGGUAGAUUAGUUGACAUUAGUUUGAGGAUAACCCAUAUAUUUUUCCAUAUAAAUGGGAAUCUUAGGGUCUGGCAGACAGCAGAACACCAUCCUAUACUUUUUGCUAUUAGCUGCCAUUGAGGUUGCAGCUAUUUGUGUACACUGGAAACUGAACUGGAAACGUUUUGCAAAAACCAAAACUUCCAUGUGCAUUAUGCUUCAUGCCACUAAUAUUGAAUGUUACUAGUCAGAAUAGGUUUAUAUAUGUAUUAUGCUGGCAGUGGGAUUUAAUUAAGAAUUUCAAUAUUUAUAUGAAAUACUCAAGCUUUAUCAACAGUAUGUAGCUAGUAUUUUCCUAAAGAUGUACAAAUAUACCAAAAUUCUUUCCCAUGUUUGACAUAAAAUAUGAUAUUCAGUAAUGAUAUUCAGAAAUGUAUUGUUUGGUUCACCCCCGUUUAUAGACCCAACUUUUUCCUAGUCUAGACAUUUCAAUUGUUUCAGCUCUCUUGCAUUGAGGUGGCUGCAAAUGCCUCUGCAAAACCGUCAGACACACCAUAUAGUUAGAUAGUUGUAGAUGGCACUGAACAUAAUUUGUACAUGUAGGAUGCAUACUUUGCCUUCACCAAAUUUUUACUACUGGUCCUUAUCUGGCAUAAUUUGCAGUGUACAAAUAUGGGUGCGGUCCUAACUAGAGACCCUUUGGAGUGAAUUAGUCUUGGUACGAAUUAGUCUUGGUACGAAUUAGUCUUGGUACUGAGUCAAACUGAAAACAGCUAGUGAUGAGUUGACAUUAAUGCUGUGAUUGAUUUGUAGAAACUGGGCGUUGACUUGAAUUCAGUUAUGUUGGGAGUUACUUAUUUUCUGUGUGCGUGCACUGUACAAACACUAUUGAAAAAGACUUGUUUUCUGGCUUUUGCUAUUAAAACAAAUAAUUUCAGUAUA